AUGGCAGAAGACAGCGACGCGGAAGACAAUCAAUUGUUCGAGGAAUCAGAAGCGACAACUUCUGAAGAAGAAGAAAGCGAAGAAAACUAUGAUCCGAAUGAAGCAGCACAACAUUUAUACUUGUCGUCGUUGGGAACAUUGUCGUACCGGGACACUACUGAUUUGAUUGAACCUGGUAAGUCUUCUCUGACUUUUUUUGAUGUUUAGAUAUUUCAUUUUGGUUAUUCUUGGCUACGAAUAUGAAGUUUUCAUCAGCAAAGACGUAAAAUAUAACUAUCAUUCACAAAACAUGCUGUUUUUGGUCGAAAAGUUUGUAGAAGCGGUUUGUUUUGAGUUUAAUUUGCUUGUUUUAGCUUGCGAAUUAAAAUAUCGUGCUUUUAAGCACAAUAUCAACAUUAUGAAACUACCUUUUUAAUUCUAUUGUAAUGGUUUAGGCACAGAAGUCAAAGUAAUGGUAUUCCUAGUGGAAACGAUGGUAUUACCUUUUGAAGAAAUCCCAGUUAAUGUCACAGGAGUAAUGUACGAAGAAGUGUCACAAUACUUACAAAAUGGUCAAAUUGGCUUCAUAACAUUGGCGAUGCACGACGAUGGAUCUUCUUCAAUAGCACAUAAUGUUGGAGUCUUGGGUAAUUUGACUCGAGUCAUAGACAAGAACAACGGAUUUGCAUUGGUCGGUUUAUGUCGACAAAGGUUUGCUGUAGUCAAUGAGAUUCGUCACGAGAGUAUCAGGACUUCUGACGACAUUGUUGUGUCAUGGGUAAACAGUUUACUGGUGAAGGUUCUUCCGGAUACGGAGCCGAAUGUCUUGAUGAUGGAUCAAAGCUCUACUGUGGCCAAGUACAAAGGGGAUGACGUAAGUGAUUUUUAUUAUAUUGAAAUUUUUAUUAUUAUUUUUGUCAGAAGCUUUCUUUUAUCAUGUUUUGACUUAUGUUGUAGUAGGCAAAACCACAGAUAGCAUUGUUAAAAUAACUUUUAUAUUUUUUCAAUUUUUAAAUAAGCCACUUUAAGAGAAGACAAUACUUUGAAUACCUAUAUGGAAUACCCAGUCAAAUACUUUAUACGAACGAUGUUGUAAGUGAAUAUACUUGCUAUUCAUGACGAUUUACAGAGUUAUUUUACUGGAAAUUUAAUCAAAUGGUUCUCAAAGUUUUUCUCAGAGCAAAAGCUGAAGAAUGAGUUGGAGAAAGUAAGGAUUACAAAUUAGUUUAGACUUAAUAUAUAGAGAUAGGUAUGUUGAGGUAUAUUAUAUGAAAAAAGCAAAAUCGAUUUUUAGAAGAUAUUGAAAAUAGUGCUUUUUUAGCUUAGUGUAACUCCAUAGAAGUCUAUUUUUGAAAAAAAAAUGAAAAGCAGACUACUAAAACCGUAUUGUAGGGAGUAGUGAGCUUCAGCUACUGGGUAGCCAGAUCUUUGCCAAUCGACAACUCUAUGAAGUAUAAGAUGCUGGAAGAGUAUUCGACAUUAGACAGAAUAGUUGUGGCCUGGAAGACGGCUCAAAGAAUGAACUCUUUUGCUUGUGUCGACUGUAAAGAGGUCAAGUUUCGAAUCAAUGACAUCUUUACAGUAAUGCCUUCGAAUUUGUCGGCUCAGUUUGUUAAUCCACGUAAGUUUGAUGGGUUAUUUAGUUUUAUAUCAGGCAAACGUGAGCCUUACGGAUGUAAAUAUAUGUAAAAUGAGAUAUUGUGGUACUUGUUACUUGCUGUGCCAUUUGUUUGAGAAUUUAAGAAUAACAUUAAGUGGACGUAUAUCGUCGUAUCUUGGUGGUUUGAAUUCUCUUUCUUUCCUAAACGAACGUAAUACCCAACUCGCCCCGGGUGGUUCACUUUGUACCAACAGUUUCUGGGAGUUAUAACCCUGAGCAAUUAUAGAUGGAUAUGUGCACGAGAUGUUCACUUCGCACAAGAUGUAUGGUAUAAGGGUUUCAAGUCAUAGCUCAUUACAAGACUCUUGGUUCCCUGGGUAAGUUUUGUUUUUUAUACUUCUAUAGAGUGCUUUAUAUGAAGUAUAUAGUUGAAUCUUGGUCUAAAAAUGAAGAGCAAAAGUAUUUUUUGUUAUCAGGGUGUUUAAAUAAUUCUAUGCCCCUUUCAAAGCAAAAUUUUGUGUUUAUGGACAGAGAAUUAUUUGAAAAACCUAAUAUUAAACAAUACGGCCGCAAAACUAAACUUAAAAUAAUAUACAAACAAAAAUGUCUUAUAAAAUAAUGUUUGUAAGUGGUUCUACACAAAAAUAUAAAAGAUAGUAAGUUUCAAUGACAAAAAGUGAUUGUUUUAGGUACUCCUGGUCGAUUCUCAAUUGCAAUACCUGCUUAAGACACAUCGGAUGGCUUUUCAAGAACAACAGACGUCAACCAAACACAUUUUACGGCGUUACACGACAAGCCAUCGAAGUAGUCAUAGACAAGCCUGUGGAAGAAGAAUGA